UGGUCUUUGGAUUCGCCUAAUUUGCUACACUCAGUGAUUUGCCACAUUUGUGUCAAUUCGUGUGUCUGAUUACACUGAUUGUGCACUGAUCAAAAUAACUACCAUUUCUCCAAUAUUUUUUAGUAUCAAUAUAAACCACUACGGAAUGGCUUCAGAAUUCAAACCACAUCCACAGGCUUCCCAAAUUGCCACCAGACUCUGGAAUGCUGAUAAAAAUAGACUGACCCCGGGUGUUGAUUAUGACCUUGACCUUCAGGGGUACACUAAGAGUUACCAAAGAACAGAUCGAGCUGAAAACCCACUUUUUAGCUGGGUGAAACCUGAGGUUUUUGAAAGGCCUACAUAUAAAGCCUUUAUUGCAUUACUGGAUAACUAUGAACGUGACACAGGCCUUGCUGAAGUUGUCACCCAAGAGGAGAUUAAUGAGAAUCGAAGGUUUAUUGAUCUCAUCAUGCAAACUGAACCAAUGAAAAUUGCCCAUGAAGUAUUAGCCAAGUAUAAAAAAUCUCCACCAGAUGUUCCAGGUUUUAAGCAUCAGCUUUAUCAGAUCUGGUUUGAGCUGUACUCAAGAACCAAAGGAAAUAGAAAUAAAGAUUCAUCUGGAUUUGAACACGUUUUUGUUGGGGAAAGUCGAGCGAAGGAAGUAAUUGGCUUUCAUAACUGGAUUCAGUUUUAUCUUCAAGAGAAGCGAGGAAAUGUUGAUUACCAGGGCUAUAUUAGAGGUCGAGGAUGCCGUGGGAAACCAAGUGAAGAUACUCAUUUGAUUACGAUUCAGUUUCAAUGGAAAGAUCAAGUUAAACCAAUGGGGAGUUCAUUCAUAGGAACCAGCCCGGAAUUCGAGGUUGCAUUGUAUACAGUUUGUUUGUUGAUGGACUCGUCUGGCAGUACGAGCCUUGAGAUGGAAGACAUGGAUCUUACGAUAACCACUCAUCGCUUCAUUGGCCGAGGAUCGAAUAACAGAGAAAAACAUUUCAUCGCUUCUUCGUUUCCAAAAGCUAUGUGAAAUGAUGCAAUAUUCCGUUCAAUGCUUCUGUGGAAGUUCAGAAUACAGAAAUUUCAAAUAAAUGCGCGAUAUUCAUAUUUUUAUCUUCGUCGAAUCAACGCAGUUUGUAU